AUCAUAACGUACAGGGCACGGUUAUGGGCUAUAAAAAUUGUGGGAGAGAUAUUCGAGAUUUCAUCGGCGAAAGAGACGCCCAAAUGUUAGUUGACAAAAUGAACGCAAGAUGCAAGAACAAAGAAAAUUAUACUUUUGAUACCCAGAUUGUUGAUACAGAACUCCAGUUGCUAUUUUGGUGUGAUAAUGUUUCGAAAAUGAAUUACGAAGCAUUUGGGGAUGUUUUGGCUUUUGAUGCAACGUACCACACGAAUAUGUACGACAUGAUUUUUGUUCCAUUCACUAGCGUUGAUCAUCACAAAAAAUGCACGAUAUUUGGUGUUGGCUUGCUUCAUAACGAGACAAUCGAGUCAUACACAUGGCUUCUACAAAAAUUUCUUCAAGCUCAUAACGACAGACAACCUCUUUUGGUUCUAACCGAUCAAGAUUGUGCCAUGAAACAAGCAGUUAGCAACUUAUUCGACAAGUCGCAUCAUCGACUAUGUAUGUGGCAUAUAGUUCAAAAGAUACCAUCUAAGAUCAAGGGAGACAACUUGACAAAUAUCGAAAUAAAAGAGAAGUUUCACAAGCUUGUUUGGAACGCCUAUAUCAAACCUGAAACAUUUGAGAAAAGGUGGAAUUUAUUGAUCGCCGAAUAUGGGUUAGAGUCCCAUAAAUGGUUGACAGAGAUGUUUUCAAUUCGGGAGCAAUGGAUUCCAGGAUACUUUCGCGAAAUACCCAUGUGCACUUUAAUGAAAACGAUAUCCAGAUGCGAAAGUGCAAACCGUAUGUUUAAAGCUGACUCGAGCGCCCAUAAUACAUUAGUUCAAUUCAUGUUGUGUUAUGAUACGUCCAUCGAUGGGUUAAGAAACAAGCAACGGGAACUUUGUAAUCAUACUGAGACCACCAACCCAGAAAAAUACAAAACAAGCUACAGGAUUGAACGUUAUGCAAACGUCAUUUACACAAGGAAAAUUUUCUACGGGGUUCAAAAGGAAAUUUUCAAGGGUACAUAAUGUAGCUACAUUGCGGAACGGUCCCUGGUAGAUGGCGUUCAUUGUUUUACAGUUGCUCAUCUAGAUCACGAAAAGGAAGUUGUUAACGAGUUCAAGGUUAGCCAACUAUCACUAGUUAUUAAUAUGGCGUUCAUUGUUUUACAGUUGCUCAUAUAGAUCUACCACUUCGUCUUCACUUAAUUGUUCGUACUCUUGGUCAUCAAAGUACAACUCUCUAAC